AUGCAGGAUGCCGAUGUACCCCUCUAUCUCCAUGCAGAAUUCCUACCAAAUAUCCGCCAGAUAACCCUUUACGUCUCCCUUCCUGGGACUGCAACAUUUGAUGGAAUCCGACCAGAUAUCCAACUUUCAGAAUCAAGAAAAGCAGUCACAGUUUGCCUAUCAAAACCAUUUCAAUAUGUCACAGAAACAAUCAAACUACCAGCACGCGUUAAUGACGCGUCCCGGCGCGUGUUGAAAUCAAUAUCUGGGCCAGCUCCAAAAUCAGAUCCCAAUGGUGCUGGGGAUCCCAGCUAUGAUUUUUCUUUCCGAAUGCAGGUCGAUCCCGACGAAGAGGCGCUGGCGCCUCAAGAUGAGCUAAUCGAUGAAUUUGCACCCUGGACAGCGGAGGAAAUGUCGUCCUCGACUCGUAUUCGUUGUCGAGAGUGUGAACAUGGUUUUCUUGAUUCGUCAUCAAUAUCCGAGUCGGCUGAUCAGGGAACAGGCGAAAGCACUACCCCCGGAUGGACCUGGAAAGAUCUUCCGAGUGGCAACUGGGCUGAAAUGAUGGAUUUCUGGCAUUGCCACAAACCUGACCCCCACGAAGGCCACGAAAAAGAUGAGAAAGACUCUGCGCUUCAGGUCGAGGAUCAAACCGCGCAGAAUAAAGGAUAUGGUGCGGAUAGCCACGUUGUGGCUAUUUCCGGGACAGUUUUUGUUGAUGUUGCCACUUUCCUUCUUGCUGAGACAGACUGCACAGGAUUGAAAAAGGGUGAUGACGAAGAGGAAAAAACCAACAUUGAAGUCUCAGCACAACGAACCCUCGACUGCGCAAGCUGCAGUUCCAUAAUCGGCAUGGAAGAUCCAAUUGCUAAGGGAUGGCGACUCCUGAAGGCCAACGUAUCCUUGAAUACCUAUUCACCCAGCUGUGGGGCAGAAAAGGCGAAAUGGGAGGUCCACCCAACAGAAACCAUUGUUGCUGCACAGUUGCUUGAGUUAAUCGAGAGAGAAAGCGCUCGGCGAUUCGUCGUUCAUUGUGGCCAGAAGAGCGGCCUCGUGCUUUGGGUCUUCAAUCCAGACAUGCGAUACUCGAAUUCUAGCGCAGGCUGCAGUAUCAUGGCUCAGCAAGCGAUGAAGGUAUUCUACCAAAAGACUCCCGAUGUGGAUGAAUUGCUCCAUCCAGAAAUUGGGAAUCCCUCGCCCUUGUCGGUGGAAGAGUUGGAGUUGCCAUCUAUGAUAUUCGAAGCAAUGUCGCAAGCGUUGACUAGGAGUAAUAAGAUGCUCCCGCUGUCUGCGAGGCGGUUUAACGAGUGGGACGUUGGGCUUUUGAGUCGUUUCAGGCGCGAGAAAGCCUGA